GACUACUGCGUGUCGGCGCGGUCACGUGUGUUUUGGAAACUUCGCACGGAUGUAAGGGAGCUGGAGCCUCGCGGUUGAUUUCAAAUGCGAUUUUCAAACAAAACACGUUUAACACUGCAACUCGCUGUUUGUAUACGUGUUGAUGAAAUCCUCCCCUGGUCACAUUAGUUAUUUUAUGUCACACUUGUUGUCUCUGGAUGUUAGCCUUUCUUUAGCUAACAUUAGCUCGUACCAGCGCUGCGGACAGGCGGGUCUCGCGUGCGCACGAGGAGUACGCCGGUGUGUCAGCGGCAGCCUCGUUCGACUUUAAAUCGUUUAGGUUGAGAAGUAUUGUUCGAAAUGGUGUUUUUCACCUGCAACGCGUGCGGCGAAUCCUUGAAGAAAGCUCAGGUCGAUAAACAUGUGAACAUGUGUCGGGGCUGCCAGGUGCUGUCCUGCAUCGACUGUGGAAAAGACUUCUGGGGCGACGACUACAAGAACCACAUGAAAUGCAUCAGUGAAGAUCAGAAGUAUGGAGGAAAAGGCUUCGAGGCCAAGGCAAACAAAGGGGAUGUGAAACAGCAGCAGUGGAUCCAGAGAGUCAACGAGGCCAUGAACAAACCCGGGGUCAGUGCGAAGCUAAAGGACGUGCUCUCACAAGUCAGUAUGUAUGAUAAUGUCCCAAGAAAGAGGGCCAAGUUUCAGAACUGGAUGAGAAACAGUCUGAAAAUAGCGAAUCCCAGCCUUCACGACGAAGUGUGGAACAUCCUCGCUGCGGCCGACGCUGCUGUGGAGGCCCCCCAACAGACUAAAAAAGACGAACAGGCAGCGGCUGAAGUCAAAGUGCAUAUCAAUGGAAAUGAAAAUCAGAAUGGCCAGCCAAACGUUGAGGAGAAGAAGAAGCUGAACAAAAGGGAGCGCAAAGAGGCCCGUCAGCAGAAGAGCAGGAAAGAUGCAGGAAAAACAGAAGUGAAGGAGCGAGAGGAAGACCAGACGGGCAAAAAGAAAAAAAAGGACAGAAAGAGAAAGCACAGCAGUGACGAGGAGGGAGAUGAAGAGCCGAAUGGGCACAGUGCUGAAAAUGAGACAUCCAGCAAGAAAAAGAAAAUUGUUGAAACAGCAGAUGCUGAUAUAGACGUAUCAGAGGAGACUGAGGAUCAAACCGCUUCCAAAGGCAAAUUCAACUGGAAGGGGAAUAUUAAGGCAGUACUGAAAGACUCACCCGACCAGGAACUGUCAGUGAAGAAACUACGGAAGAAGGUCUUGGCAGCCUACUACUCUUUCACCGGUGAUAGAAAUUUCAAAACAGAAGAGGAUGUGUUCGCACUAUUCAACAAGAAGAUCAAUAAAAAUCCCAAAUUCAGAGUUUUGAAAGACAAAGUAAGACUUGUAAACUAGAUGUGUUUAUCUCACUCCUCUGGCAUGAAAUGUAUAUUGUUCAUAGACUUUUACAAUUUAAAGGCCCUUGUCCGUCAUCCUCCCCCUGGAUGUUUUUAUACAGGUGGCAUAAUCUUGAAGAUUAAACCAUUUUAUAACUGAA